AUCUGGCUUUGAUCCGUAAGGAAGAAGUGAGCGCUCUCAUGUGGCUCCCUGUCAAUCAGAGGUGUGUUGGGCGCCACUCGUGAUGCGCAAAGGGUUAAAAAGAGGCGCAGCUAGACGCCAGGGGAGCUGAAGUCAUCCGGCAGCGCGCACAGCGAGGAGGAGGAGGAGGAGGAGGAAGGGAGAUCCACGCAACACCUUCUAAAACACGUCCGGGCUGUCGACCUGCGCGCAGCUGCUUUUCUUUUUCAUUUCUUUCUCCUUCUGCAGCCAAUCUGAGGCUUCAGGGGCCAAAACAACGAGAAGAGGAGGUGGAGUGAGUGAGAAAUAAAUAAAAAAGGCGCAGCUCAGCUCUCCCCCCCCCCCCCCCCCCCCCCAAUAAUAAAAAAAAUUAUUAUGGCUCCAACGACGCUCAUCGGAGAAGUCGCCCAGUCCGCCUCCAAGGAGCGGCCAGGAGCGCAGGAUGAGAGCGCAGCUGCGUGAGCGCAUCGGCGGACAGAGAGGGACAGCAGCUCGGCUCCCAGUCUGGACUCUGAGGCUGGAAGUGGAUCCGGUCCUCCCGGUGCGCACAGCGCGCCUCCUUUCCAGAACUCUCUCAUUCAUCUCCCAGAGAUCAGAACCCACCUGAACACACCUUGGAAACUUUGAGGAGGGGGGGAGGGGUCCAUGUGGGGAGCGCACUGAGCAUCCUGCUCUCAGAGGCGCUUGGAGAACCGAACCUCCACCGUCAUCUCCUUAAAAGUCCCCGCUAAGAGGUCGCCUUUAUCCAGGUGCCACCGCUGUAAAGAUGCCGGUCCGGAGGGGCCAUGUGGCCCCUCAGAACACCUUCUUGGAUACUAUCAUCAGGAAAUUUGACAGUCAAAGUCGGAAGUUUGUUAUCGCUAAUGCCAGAGUGGAGAACUGCGCCAUCAUCUUCUGCAACGAUGGGUUCUGCCACUUGUGUGGCUACACCCGAGCCGAGAUCAUGCAGAAACCUUGCACGUGCAACUUCCUGUAUGGGCCGGACACCAAGAGGCUGGCUAUCGCACAGAUGGCACAAGCCCUGCUGGGGUCGGAGGAGAGGAAAGUGGAGAUCAACCUUUACAGAAAAGACGGCCAGUGCUUCCUGUGCAUGGUGGACGUGGUGCCGGUGAAGAACGAGGAUGGCCUGGUGAUCAUGUUCAUCCUGAACUUUGAGGUCAUGACUGAAGAAGUGCUGAAGGACCACAAACGGGAGCUGAAUCACCGCCUGCCCACCUGGCUUGUUACAGGUCGUCCUCGAGGUUUCAAGCUGCGUCUCCCUCAUCUGCGCUCGCUGUCCAACAGUAAAGCGUCGCUGGAGGACGCAGAGGCCGCUCACAUCCCCACGGCGAUGCCGCUGCAUCCGGACCUCAGUCCGGAGUCCUUGGGUCUGAGCGAGUUCCUGCCGCUGCCGCCUUUAGCGCCACAACACCAGGAGCAGCUGAGUGGAAGCAGGUCGGCUCUUCAGAACUGGCCAGAGGAUCAUCAGGAGGACCAGCGAACGCUCAUCUGCUCAGAGACUCCCAUCCCUCGAAUACCCCCCAUGGUGGGGCCCCUCAACCAGUCGACCCCCUGCGUGGUGCCGCGCCACCACCUCAGCCUCAACCCGGACGCCUCGUGCUCCAACUGCACCCUGACUCGCAGCCGCUCGCGGGAAAGCUUCCACAGCAUGAGGCGAGCGUCCUCCGUGGACGAGAUCGAGGCCCUGAGGCCCGAGUGGGACCGGAAGAACCGCAGGGCUAGCGUCCGGCCAGCCAGCAGCAGCACCGGCGCAGUAAACAGCAAGUCUAACAUCCUGAACUCCACCUCGGACUCGGACCUGAUGCGCUACCGCACCAUAUCCAAGAUCCCCCAAAUCACCCUCAACUUUGUGGAUUUCAAGCCGGACCCCCUCAUCGCCCUGCCCCCUGGAGAGAUGGACAUCAUAGCGCCGUGCAAGCUGAUCGACAGGACGCACAACGUCACCGAGAAGGUCACACAGGUGCUGUCUCUGGGUGCAGAUGUGUUGCCGGAGUACAAGCUUCAAGCUCCUCGCAUCCACAAGUGGACGGUGUUGCACUACAGUCCCUUCAAGGCUGUGUGGGACUGGCUCAUUCUGCUGCUGGUCAUCUACACUGCCAUCCUGACCCCCUACUCAGCCGCCUUCCUCCUCAAUGACUCGGAAGAGGCGGCCAAGCAGAACUGCGGCUACUCCUGCUCCCCCCUCAACGUGGUGGACCUUAUCGUAGACAUCAUGUUCAUCAUUGACAUCCUCAUCAACUUCAGGACGACUUAUGUGAACUCUAACGACGAAGUGGUGAGCCACCCAGUGCGUAUUGCCGUCCACUAUUUCAAAGGCUGGUUCCUCAUCGACAUGGUUGCUGCUAUUCCCUUUGACCUGCUCAUCUACCGCAAUGGAGAGGAGACGACCACCCUGAUAGGCCUGCUGAAAACGGCUCGCCUCCUGCGAUUGGUUCGCGUAGCCAGAAAGUUGGACCGCUACUCGGAGUACGGCGCCGCCGUCCUCUUCCUCCUCAUGUGCACCUUCGCCCUCAUCGCUCACUGGCUGGCCUGCAUCUGGUAUGCCAUUGGUAAUGUAGAGAAGAAUGGUUCAAUAGGCUGGCUGCACACCCUGGGCGACCAGCUGGGAAAACAGUUCAAUGACUCGAUUCCAGGUUCAGGACCUUCCAUCAAAGACAAGUAUGUCACCGCUCUGUACUUCACCUUCAGCAGUCUGACCAGUGUGGGCUUUGGUAACGUGUCUCCAAACACCAACUCAGAGAAGAUCUUCUCCAUCUGCGUUAUGCUCAUUGGAU